AUGGAAAACUUUAUGCCAGACAGGACGCCUGCUUCGAAAGCGCUCAACUACCACCGCGCGACGGUCAAACUACUGGGAAUUCUGGAGAGGUCCCAAUUCGGAGAAGCUGCAAAUGUGAUCGAAUCACUGCUGAAGGUUGUGGUCAUUCCAACUACACGCGUCAUGAACUGGAGAAAGUUCCUUGAGAAUGUUGGCCAAAAAGCGCCAUACUACUACUACUGCAGUGCUGAUAUAUUGCCUGGUAACAGGAUGCUAUGUCUUUCUGUAUGUCCCCCUGGUACUCGGCCAACCAAUAAGAAUAGCCUCCCUAAUGAUCUGGGCCUUAUUGAAGGCAACAUUUCGAUGUUACAAGCGAGUCUUGGGGAGCAAUCGGGCGAGAUCAAGAAGAAAAAUUGCAGAAAUCAGCAAUAG